AAAAUACACCAGCGUAAUCAAGCGUUCAUCUCUCUCUCUCUCUCUCUUCAACUCUCACUAUCAUUCUCAGUCACACACACCUAGAACCGACCGUCCUUCUUAGUGCAUUGAAUUUGAGAGGAAAGCCCUUCUUAAAUUCAAAGAAGGACUCACAGAUCCUUCUAGUCGGCUUUCUUCUUGGGUUGGCACAGAUUGCUGUCGAUGGAAGGGUGUGAGCUGCAACAAACACACUGGCAACGUUUUCAAGAUUGACCUCGGAAACCAAGGAGGAGAUUCCUGCAGUUUGUAUGAAGGACUUGCAGACAAUUAUAACUCCUCAUCGUGUUUGGGAGGUGAGAUAAGUCAUUCUUUGCUCAACAUAAAGUAUUUAAGUUACUUGGAUCUAAGCAUGAAUGAUUUCUAUGGAAUCACAAUCCCAAAUUUCAUCGGUUCACUUGAGAAAUUGAGUUAUCUUAGUCUUUCUCAAUCAAAUUUCGGUGGAAUGGUUCCACCUCAUCUUGGAAAUCUGUCAAACUUGCAAUAUCUCGACCUCUCUGCAUUUGCUUUUUACUACAAUAUUUGGGCAUCAGAUUUAAACUGGCUUGUUGGCCUAUCUUCUUUGAAGUAUCUUAAUCUUGGUGGUGUGAACCUGAGUGAAGCAACAGAUUGGUUGCAAUCAAUUAAUACCAUGCCUUCUUUGUUUGAGUUACACUUGUUUGAUUGUCAACUCCCCAACUUCCCAAAAGCUAUACAGAAUAUAAAUUUUACUUCCCUCUUGGUCCUCGAUCUCUCUUUUAAUGAGUUUAACUCUUUGUUGCCUCUAUGGCCUUUCAAUAUUAGUACUCUUGUGGAAUUCAAUGUCUGUCUAAACAAUUUUACGGGUUCCAUUGUCAAUGCUGCUUUGGGAAACUAUCAUAACUUGCAAUCACUAGAUUUAUCUUCUAACUCUAUUAGUGGUGACAUAAGUCAACUUUUAGAGGGAUUGUCAGGGUGUUGUAACAGUAGCUUGAAAGAGUUGAUAUUGGGGUCCAACAAAUUUAAUGGGAAGUUGCCCGAUUCGUUGGGACACUUGAAUUAUUUGAGAUCCCUUGUACUGAAUGAGAAUCUGAUCUCAGGUCCAAUUCCAGAAUCUGUUGGAAGGUUGUUUUUUCUAAAGGAAUUGGACCUUUCUUUUAAUUAGAUGAAUGGGUCUAUCCCCACAAGUUUAGGAAGACUUACAGAGUUGACUAAAUUGCAACUCUUCCAUAAUUCUUGGAAAGGCCUCUUGUCCCAAAACCAUUUACAGGGUCUGGCAAAACUACGAGUUUUCUCCGUAUCUUCGGACACAACUUCCAUUUUUUAUGUGACACAUGAAUGGGUUCCUCCAUUUAGCCUGUUAGCUAUCCAAAUCAGUAACUAUAUGUUGGGUCCAAAAUUUCCAACAUGGCUGAGAAAUCAGAAAGAACUUUCAUCCAUAGUCCUCACAAAUGUCUCCAUUUCAGAUACAAUACCUGACUGGUUUUGGAAAUUGUCAAUGCAGAUUGACAUCCUUGAUUUAUCUCACAACCAACUUGUCGGUGUGGUUCCUAACUCAUCAGGAAUUUCCUUCGUGGACUUGAGUUUCAAUUGCCUGGAAGGCACAAUCCCACUCUGGCCUAACGUAAUGUUUCUCUUUCUGAACAACAAUUUAUUUUCAGGAGCGAUUCCUUCGACUAUUGGCAGUGUCAUGUCAUCGUUAGUCGUGCUUAAUCUUUCUGGGAACUCUCUAAAUGGUACCAUUCCUUUGUCCAUAUUUAAAUUGAAAGUUUUGACUGGUCUCUUUCUUUCAGACAAUCAUCUAUCUGGACAAAUUCCCAUCCAUUUGGAGGACUUGCGAGCUCUUGGGAGCGUAGAUCUGUCCCAAAACAAUCUCUCUGGCCAUGUUCCUGAAUCAAUGUGCUCGCUAUCGUUUCUUUAUUGGUUGAGCUUGAGUGGUAACAAUCUUUCUGGCGAACUCUCUUGGUUGAAGAAUUGCAGGAGUUUGUACACUCUUGAUCUUGGAGAUAACAAAUUUUCCGGGAACAUACCAGGAUGGCUGGGAGAAAAUCUUUCGUUGCUUUCCAAGCUCCGAAUGCGAGCCAACUUGUUCACCGGAGAUAUACCUCAACAGCUAUGUCAUUUAUCUGAUCUCCACAUCUUAGACCUUGCUCAUAACUAUUUUACAGGAUCUAUACCUCGCUGUUUGGGAAAUUUGAGUGGCUUUAAUCAUUUCACCUCUUCCAAUACUGCAUUUCCAUUUCCAUUUGCAUUUCCAUCUCAGUUGAUUUAUAUUCAUCAAAUGGAUUUGGUAGUGAAAGGAAGACAAUUUGGGUAUACCAUCACACUGGAGCUCGUUAAUGUUAUAGACCUUUCGAGCAAUAAUCUAUCUGGGGAAAUCCCAGAAGAGAUAGCAAAUCUAUCAGACUUGGGUACCUUGAAUUUAUCAAGAAACCAAUUGACAGGAAAGAUACCAAAGAAAAUUGGAGAAUUGCGAUGGUUAGAAACACUAGACCUUUCGAGCAACCACCUGUCUGGUUCAAUUCCUUCAACCAUGUCUUCUUUAACAUCACUGAGCCAUUUGAACUUGUCAUACAACAACCUUUCUGGGUCAAUUCCUUCAACCAAUCAGUUCCAGACUUUCAAUGAUCCAUCCAUUUAUGAAGGUAAUCCGGAACUUUGUGGGCUCCCAUUGUCAACCAAGUGUUCCAUUGCAACUAAUGUUGAUGCAAAAGACAAAGAUGGCAAAAAAAAGGUGGACAAUAAGGAAGACGAGUAUGAUGAGUUUUGGUUCUAUCUUAGCACAGGAGUUGGAUUCAUUGUAGGAUUUUGGGUUGUUUGUGGCACUUUGGUACUAAAAAGGUCUUGGAGACGAGCUUAUUUUCGAUACCUAGAUGAAGUGAAAGAUCGGCUCUUUGCUGUCAUUGCAGUAAAUGUGGCUCAUUUUCAAAGGACGACAUAGAGACGGUUAUUUUGGUGUUUUCUGGUAAUGGUUUUGGCUCUAUUUUUAUUUUCUGCCCUGUAUGUGAGAUUAUAAAGAAGCAAGUAUUUGUUAGUUGUCUUUUUGUUUUUGAUUUUGUUGUCAUUGUUGCAGUGAACUUGAAACAAGAUUACAGGCACAGAAGAGGAGGAUCCCCUCCAGUCACUGUUUUAGACUGGACGGCUGUUCGGGCUCAUGGGGCUCACCUAGUAUCCUCCUCCUUUAUAUAAAUUUUCUUACGAUGUGCCUCUAAAAUCAUAGAUUUUCCCAAGUUGUUUUACUAUGUUAAUGUUUUUCCAGAUUGUACUUUGCGUUCCUAAUUUGUCGAAUAUAUAAAUAAUAUUGAAGAAUUUACAUGAAAA